GUGAAGAAUAGCUGGUUGGCUCACGUGUACCAAACAAAACAGACGGAUGGUUAACAAGUCGGCACUCUGACGUGUUUUGAGAGGAACAGCAGUGCAGCCGCAGCAGGAGCUUAGGCCUGCCAAAACAGUUAAUAUUUUCGAGGGUCUCAAAGCUCAAGUGGAUACUGUCUGGUGAGAAAUGGCGGAGGGAGGCUUUGACCCAUGUGAGUGCAUCUGCAGCCAGGAGUACGCCAUGAGGCGCCUCAUUAACCUGCUCAGGCAAUCUCAGUCCUACUGCACAGACACAGAGUGCCCUCAGGAAUUACCAGGACCCAGUGGGACAGUGGGUGGUGGGGACCUGACCCUCCCCAUGGUUCUGAUGGGAUGGGUUGUGGUGGCUUUGGUCUUGUUUCUCUUACGCCCAUCAAGUCUCAGGGGACCCCGUCCUACAGGAAAACCAACUGGACCCCACAAUAGUGAUAGAAGGGAGCCCCCAGCACCACCUGUAGACUAACAGUGGAAGCAGACCAUCAGCAUUCAUCCACCUGCUCUGGUAUGGAGUAGCACAGUUGGCUGUAACUGACCAGGACAACGACCUUUCCCUGUCAGCCUUCACACCAUAUCUUUCUUUUUUUUUCCCCCCUCAAAUAAUCUUUUUACAGCACAGUCUUUGCUUUUUGGCUUAUAACAAAUCUUUUCUUAUAAGCCAGGAUUGUCUUAUUAAAACUGGCAUGUUGAUGUAUCGAUUUAGCUCCAUUAGCUACUUCACCAUGUCUUAAAUCAGGAGGUGGGGCAGUAUUUGGAUUUAGUUCCUGACCCCAGCUCUGGUGCUCACUGAUCUGCAGAAACUCAGAUGUAUACUCAAAAUGAAGGAAAGUGUUAGAUAAUCAGGGAAGAUCACUUUAAUUUCCUACUAUGAGGUUACAUUUUUGUUUUGGUGCUUGCUGAAUGAUGAUUGGUGGCCGGAUCUCGAGUCUCUGAAACAUUCCUUCAACUUUAAGGUUACAACUUAAAGCAGUGCCAGUAAAGAUGUUAUUAUAUCAGGUGCAUUUUCAAACCAGCAAAAGGACGGAAUUUAUUACAUUCAGUUGUUUUGAUUUCUUUCUGAGUAGGGAUUUCCUUUACAGUAACAAUCUUGUUGUAUAAAACUAGUUGCUUAGUCUUCUGUGUUUACUGUCAGGCCUUGGAUUGUGUGCUUAACCAGAACCAGUAAGGAACCAGGUUCACUAUAGUCCUGUCCCUUCAAAUAUCAGUUUGGUUACUGUGGUGUGUGACAGAGCAGAGAUAUGUGUAAAAUCUUCUAAAUAAUAUGUUAAAUAAAUGACUAGGUAUGCUUUAAAGACCAUAGUCAGCACAAACAAAAUAUUAUGAUUAUAUUAAAAUGGUUUAGUUUGUACUGUAAUAGUUUGUGGUUAAAAUAAACAAACUUAAUUGUGGCAACAAAAAAAAAAAAAGCUUGUUAUGAGCUUCUGAUUCCUUCAGGCAAU